UGAAUAAAAGGCCUGAGCAGAACCUCUCCGACCAGCUGUGACCAUAAAGGAGCGCAGCACGCGUCACGUCUCAGGGACCCAGCAGAACCGAUACAACCAGAACCAUGUUCGCCGCCUGCCUGGAGGUCCUGGGGAUGAUCCUAUGCGUCGCCGGCUGGCUGCUGGUGAUGAUCGCCUGCGGGCUGCCCACCUGGAAGGUCAGCGCCUUCAUCGAGGGCAACAUCGUGGUGGCGCAGACCAUCUGGGAGGGGCUGUGGAUGUCCUGCGUGGUGCAGAGCACCGGACACAUGCAGUGCAAGAUCCACGACUCGGUGCUGGCGCUGGCGCAGGACCUGCAGACGGCCCGCGCCCUCACGGUCAUCUCGGCCCUGCUGGGGGUCGUGGGGCUGACGGUGACGGUGGCCGGAGCGCAGUGCACCAACUGCCUCAAGGACGAGACGGUGAAGAGGAGGGUGGUGUACGCCGGCGGGGUGGUCUACAUCCUCUGCGGGCUCUUCGUGCUGGUGCCCCUCUGCUGGAUGGCCAACAACAUCAUCAUGGACUUCCACAACUCGAAGGUGCCCCCCGCUCAGAAGAGGGAGAUCGGGGCGUCCAUCUACAUCGGCUGGGCCGCCGCCGUGAUGCUGUUUUUCGGCGGCACGCUGCUCUGCUGCUCCUCCCAGGGAGCCAGAAGCCCCUUCCCCAUCAAACUGGCCCCCACCAAAACCAUCACGGUCAGCGGCGAGUUUGAAAAGAAGCACUACGUGUAAACCCACUGGAGGACAGUUUUGUUUAGGUGACUUUUAAUUGGGCAGGAGCCCGUCCAGUUUCGGGCGGUUCCGCUGACCCCGAGCUCAGAAGAUCGCAGGAGAAAAGCCUGUAAAAAUAUGAGUGUUGUUGCCAGGAGCCUGAACUCUGAGGACCAUCAGAACCAGGUCAUUAUAAUAAGGGCUGGGAUGUGGUGAGGUUCCGAUCCAGUCACUGACUAUAAAACUGAGCAGGUGCUGUUUUUGUCAUUUUUGUACAGAUUUCUUUUUCUUAUAAACAAUAAAGCCAAAUGUACUGUAUUCUAUUAAAACAAAUUUACAUAAA